UGCGCCUCCCGCUGCCGUGCGCGCGUCCCCGUCCGGGAACGAUCCCGGCAACGAUCCCGAUCCCCGUCCCGGGAACGAUCCCGAUCCCCGUCCGGGAACGAUCCCGAUCCCCGUCCGGGAACCGUCCCCAUCCCGCGCUUCCCCCUGGCAGCGGCCCCGGGCAGAGCAGUGCAAUCAUGGCAUCCAUGGAAGAAAACUUUCCUCGAGGAGGCAUCCAGAAGAAACCUGCAGAGGGAAAAACACCCAAGCCAAAGUCAGAGCGGGACAAUUUGUUUGAUGUUCAACAUGAAGAAAAAUCCCAGAAAAGAAAAAGAAGCCAGAAGGAUCAAGAAAAGCCGAAAAGGUUCAAGGCAGACAAAACUGUUAAAGCUGCUGUUAAAGACGAUGUUAUGAAUAUUGGACCACUCACAAUUGAGGCACUCAGUGAGGGCAUGCUGCUCCUUGGCUGUAUCAAAGAGGUCAGUGACUACGAGCUCACCAUCAGUUUGCCCAACGGCCUCUCCGGGUUUGUGCCGGUCACGCAGAUCAGCGAUGCCUACAGCAACCUGCUCACCAAGCAGGUGGCCCAGGGAGAAGUCCUGGAGGAGCUGAAUUCUCUCCCAGACCUGUUUUCUCCAGGGACACUGGUCAGGUGCAUCGUGACCAGCAUUGAGAAAAGUGACGAUGGACGCCGCAGUGUCAAGUUAUCGAUUGACCCCAAGAAGGUCAACAAGGGCCUGAACUCUACAGCACUAGCAGCAGGCAUGCUGCUCUCUGGUUCUGUGUUGAGUGUAGAGGACCAUGGCUACCUCAUAGAUAUUGGUGUCACUGGAACUCAUGCUUUCCUGCCUCAUCAGAAAGCCAAAAAUUACAUCAAAGCAGCCAAGAAAGGGCCUGACUUGAAAAUAGGCCAGAACCUGAACUGCCUGGUUGUGGAAGUGAAGAAUGAGGGCAGGGUUAUCUGUUUGUCCAUCGAUCGAUCAGAGGUGGCUGCAUCCAUUGCCACAGAGCGACAGAACUGGGCACUCUCUAAUUUAUUGCCAGGGCUGGUGGUGAAAGCUCGAGUGCAGAAGGUGGCCCCACUUGGGUUGAAACUGACUUUUCUGUCUUACUUCACUGGCAUUGUGGAUUUCAUGCACAUGGACCCAGAGAAAUCCAUCAGCUAUUCUCCAGAUCAAGUGGUGAAGGCCUGUGUGCUGUCCGUACACCCCACGUCGCGCGCGGUGCGGCUCACGCUGCGCCCGCCCUUCCUGCACGCCGGGGGAGCCCCACGGCAGCUCCCCGGGCAGCUCAUGGGGGCUGUGCUGGAGGAGGCCACCCUGAAAGCCUUCUACAAACAGUUUGGGGCCAUCUUUGAGCUUGAUGAUGGCACUCUGGCAUUUGCACGGUUGAAGCAUCUUUCAAAAACCAGAAAAUCCUUUAAACCUGAAGCAUUUAAGGAAGGUUGCAAACAUAAAUGUCGGAUCAUUGACUACAGCCUGAUGGAUGAGAUGUGUAUUGUAUCUCUGAAGAACCAGAUUAUUGAAGCACAGUUUCUGCAGUACCAGGAUAUCCACACAGGUGAUGUGGUGCAGGGCAAAGUGCUCUCUCUAAAGCCCAUUGGGAUGCAGGUGAAAGUGGCUGAUGGGAUUAGAGGACUUGUGCCAUCCCUCCAUCUCUCUGAUGUGAUCCUGAAGCAGCCUGAGAAGAAGUUCAGCAUAGGAGAUGAAGUCAAGUGUCGGGUGCUAGAGUGCAAUCCUGGAGGAAAGAAGCUGAUCCUUACUCUAAAGAAAAGUCUCGUCCAGUCAAAGCUUCCAAUCCUCUCAAAUUAUGAAGAUGCAAAGCCAGGCCUGAUCACACAUGGCUUUGUAGUGUGUGCAAGGGAGUUUGGCUGCAUUGUGAAGUUCUACAAUGAUGUCAAAGGUCUGGUACCCAAGAAUGAGCUGGGCUCAGAACCCAUAUCUUGUCCAGAUAAAGUCUUCUAUGAAGGCCAGGUUCUUAAAGUAAUGGUCUUAAAAUGUGAGCCUCAGCAGGAAAGACUCUUGUUGUCCUUCAGAUUAUCAAGCAAGCCUGGCCCCGAGGACAAAUGGAAAUGUACUCCAAAGGAGAAACAGGAAAUGAAGUACCAACUAGGAGAGAUGGUUGAUGUGAAAAUCUUGAAGAAGAAAGAUAAUGGUUUAGAAGUUUCCAUCGUAGAAGAUGAAGACAAUGUGGUAGCCUGGAUCCCCAUGCUGCACCUCUCUGACUUUGUUGCUACCUCCAAGCUCCUGUGGCACUGUCUUCAAGAGGGAGAUGUCCUGCCCAGAGUUCUGUAUCUAAGUGACAAGGGAGAGCACAUUAUCUUGAGUAGAAAGUCUGCAGUGAUUUCUGCUGUACAGGAGGAGCAAGUUGUGAGAAGCUUCUCUGAAAUCCAGCCUGGGAUGCUCUUAACUGGUUAUGUGAGGAAUGUGAUGCCCUUUGGAGUGUUUGUGGAGUUCCCUUUUGGUGUGACAGGACUGGCACCUAAAGUGAGCAUGAGUGACAAGUUUGUGACAGACACCAAGGACCACUUUGUGGUGGGACAGACUGUGAUUGCAAAGGUGAUGAGCAUUGAUGAGGAGAAGCAGCGUGUGCUCCUCAAUCUGAAGGUGUCUGAGUGCAGCUCAGGAGAUUCUGCUGCAGAGAGCUUUGGCCUCCUGAAUCAGUAUUUCAAGGAGCUGAAAGAAAUCAGGGACUUGCUGAAAAGAGGAGAGCCCAGCGUUUGUGAGUUGGUGCCUGGUAAGAGGGUGCAUCUGGUCGUGCAGGAUGUGAGGGAGGAUGGCUCAGCACUGUUCAGUGGCAGCUCUGUCACAGGCCUGACUGUAACCGCCACCCGCUACCAUUUGGGAGACAAAAAUAUUGCUCCUGGUGAGAAAAGGAAGGCAUUGGUUCUUCAUGUGGAUGCCCUCACAUCUGAAGUGUUUGUUUCUCUUCGGGAAGAACUGUUAAAGCAAAGGCCCAAGCGACGGCUCCGAGAGAACUCGCAGCACUCCGUGGUGGUGCAGCACAUCACAGAGCACUUUGCCAUCGUGUCUCUGCCGGAAACAGGCCAGCUGGCAGCUGUGCCCAUCGCCUGCCACCUCAACGACACCUUCCGCUUCGACUCGGAGAAACUCAGGGUGGGACAGACAAUCUCUGCCACCUUAAAAUCCGUGAAGGAGAACAAGCACGGGGUCUUGUUAGCAGUACAGGGCCCAGCCAAGAAGAAUGUUUUUGUGAGGGUGCGGAACGAGUCAGAGACAGCCCUGGAGGAGAUGCUGCCUGCUGUGAAACACUCGCUGUCCCCGGGGGAUGUUGUCACCGGUACCGUCAAAUCUGUCAAACCCACCCACGUCACUGUUGCCAUUGAUGACAAGCUGACAGGUUCAAUCCAUGCGUCCCGGAUCCUGGAUGAAGUGCCCAUAGGCUCUUUUCCUACUUCCACUCUGAAAGCUGGACAGAAAGUGACUGCUCGAGUCAUUGGAGGCAGAGAUGUGAAUACUCACAGGUGCCUGCCAAUCACCCAUCCACACUUCACACAAUCCAUUCCAGAGCUCAGCAUUCGACCAAGUGAACAAGAAGGGGAAUUCACAGCAAUGCUGAACCUUAAAGAAGAAGGUUCCCUCAAGAAACUUGGACUCUAUGAUGCUGGACAGACAGUCACCUGUUUUAUAAAGAAGUAUAACAUGCUCAAAAACUGGCUGGAGGUGGAAGUUGCCCCUGACAUUCGAGGAAGAGUUCCUCACCUGCUGCUGUCUCUGAACACCAAGGUCUUAAAACAUCCAGAAAAGAGCUUUAAAAGUGGCCAGGCAAUAUCAGCUACAGUGACUGGAACAGAUGCCAGUGAAACAUGCCUCUGCUUGUCACUCACAGGAAUUCAGUCACUGGAGCAGGAUACCAUCUCUGUAGGCAUGGUAACAAAGGUGACUCCACAUGUUGGCUUGACCAUUGCACUGCCAGAUGGGAAAGCUGGCAGAGUCAGCCUCUUUCACCUGAAUGAUACUUACACAGAGGAUCCUCUGGGGAACUUCAAAAUUGGCAAGAUUGUCAGGUGCUACAUCCUCUCCAAUGAGAAUGGUAAAAUCCAGUUGUCUCUCCGGCAGUCCCGGCUAAAUCCAAAGAUAAACAGCAAAGUGGAGGAUAUUGAAAUAACAAGUAUUAAGGAUGUUAAAAAAGGCCAGCUAGUGAGAGGCUAUGUCAAAUCAAUCACUCCAUCAGGUGUAUUCUUUGGAUUGUCCACUUCUCUCCUGGGCCGAAUUCUGUUCCAGAAUGUUUCCCCAUACUUUGUACAGAAACAUUCCUUAUAUGAAAAGUACCUGCCUGAAGGAAAACUGCUCACUGCCAAAGUACUUGGGGUAAAUAGAAAAGAAAAACAUAUUGAGCUCUCUCUCCUGCCUGAGGACACUGGGAUGCCAAGUGUCUUGCCUGAAUCCCUAGGCCUACCACAAUAUGGAGCAGAGGAAGAGAAAAAAACAGAGGAAGAGAAAAGAGAGACAGAUGAUGAGAAAAAAGGAGAAGAGCCUAAGCUGAAGAAAAAAAGGAGAAGAGGAAAUGAUGAAAGUGGUCAGUUGCAGGAGGCAAAGCCAAAGAAGAGGAAGAUCUGCCCAGCAGAUGAAAAUGACAGUGGAAUUGAGGUGUAUUACCGUGAGGAGGAAGAGGAUGACCAGGAGGAAGAGGCAGCUAAAAAGAAAUCUACGGUAAGAAAGCCUGGUGAAGCUCCCAGGCUGCAAGUCUCCAUGGGCUUCACCUGGGAUGAAGACAAUGCAAUGGAUAUACCUGUGCUGGAUCAGAAGGAAGAGAGCUCAGAGAGCGAGGAGGAGGAGGAUGUGCAGUCCAAGCUAAAGAAACGAACAAAGAAGGAGAAGGAGCUGGAGAAGCAGAAGAAGGAGAAGGAGCUUUGCAAAGUGGAGGCGGCUCUCAUGGACCCGAGCCGGCAGCCCCAGUCCGCCGAUGACUUCGACCGCCUGGUGCUGGGCAGUCCCAACAGCUCCAUCCUCUGGCUGCAGUACAUGGCUUUCCACCUCCAGGCCACAGAGAUUGAGAAGGCCAGAGCUGUGGCAGAGAGAGCACUUAAGACAAUCAGUUUCAGGGAAGAACAGGAGAAGCUGAACGUCUGGGUAGCUCUGCUGAACUUGGAGAACAUGUAUGGUACUGAGGAGACACUGAUGAAGGUCUUUGAGAGAGCAGUUCAAUACAAUGAGCCUCUGAAAGUCUUCCAGCAUCUGUGUGACAUCUAUGCCAGUUCUGAGAAGUACAAGCAAGCAGAAGAAUUGUACCACACCAUGCUGAAGCGUUUUCGUCAGGAGAAAUCCGUGUGGCUGAAAUUUGCCUCUUUCCUCCUGAAGCAAGGCCAGGCUGAGGCUACACACAGGCUUCUGGAGCGUGCUCUCAAGGCUCUGCCCACCAAAGAACAUGUGGAUGUCAUUUCAAGGUUUGCACAGCUGGAAUUCCAUUCUGGGGACACAGAACAUGCCAAGGCCCUCUUUGAGAGCACCCUCAGCAGCUAUCCCAAGAGGACAGACAUUUGGUCCAUCUACAUGGACAUCAUGAUCAAGCAUGGCAGCCAGAAGGAAAUCCGAGACAUCUUUGAGAGGGUGAUACACCUGAGCUUGGCACCAAAGAAGAUGAAAUUCUUCUUCAAACGCUACCUGGAUUAUGAGAAGAAAUUUGGUACAGAAGAACGUGUCCUGGCUGUUAAAAGAGCAGCACUUGAGUAUGUGGAGACCAAGAGUUCCCUUGCUGACACCUAAGUGUGGUGCAAGUGAAAGCAGAGAGACUUAGCUUUCCAUGCAGUGUGGGAACUGAGGACUGUGGAGUUCUGCUGUGACUGUCCAUGGACAGUUUCUGGAGAAUAUUGGUAUGUGACCAAUUGGAAAGAACAAACAAAUGAAAAUAUUUGAUAAAUGUUUGCAGCUUUGUCCAGAAGUUACAAAUAAUCCUGUUGAUGACAUGUUUUUAAAUAUAAACUGUUUUAUAAUCAAAAGAAA